CGGUCCCGAGCGCCUGGCCGGCACGAAGCGCAGCGCAGCCGCAGCGGGAGCCGAGGAGCGGAGCCAGCCAUGGGCAGUUCAGCUUCCAAACAGUUUCAUAAUGAGGCCCUGAAGGCCCACAAUGAGUACCGACAGCAGCAUGGCGCCCCCCCUCUGAAGCUCUGCAAGAAGCUCAACCAAGAGGCCCAGCAGUAUGCUGAAGCCCUGGCCAACACGAGGAUCCUCAAGCACAGCCCAGAGUCCAGCCGAGGCCAGUGUGGGGAGAACCUUGCAUGGGCAUCAUACGAUCAGACAGGAAAGGAGGUGGCUGAUAGAUGGUACAGUGAAAUCAAGGACUACAACUUCCAGCAGCCUGGCUUCACCUCUGGGACUGGACACUUCACAGCCAUGGUGUGGAAGAAUACAAAGAAGAUGGGAGUGGGGAAGGCUUCUGCAAGCGAUGGGUCCUCCUUCGUGGUGGCCAGAUACUUCCCAGCAGGAAAUGUUGUCAACCAGGGCUUCUUUGAAGAAAAUGUUCUACCUCCAAAGAAGUAACUUAUCGAUCAUAACAGGAAGGCAGACGACUAAGAAGAUGGAUUUGAAGUGCCCUAGAACAGUGGGAGCCCACCUAUGCAUCUCUUCCUGUGGAUGUAUGUGCCUGUGUGUGAUGCAGGUGGGCAUCUCCUGUACACACACUUGGAUCUAUAGGUCAUUGAUAGUAAAGAAAUGAGCAGCACCUGAUGCAUCUACCCAGAGAUUACCCAGACCACAAUUAUUUGGAUUUAGGAAGGCUAUCAGUUUUUUAAUUUUUUUGUUACUUUUUAAAGCAAACUUCUUUUGUACCUUUCUUACUUCUAAUAUUCAUCCUUGGACAUUUUGUAUCCCAAAUAUUUAUGAUCCCAAGAAGUUUGUUUAUACGAUCUUCAUGCAUUGUAUCUACUUUGGUAGAUGUUUGAAUAUUAAACCCGCAUUUCGAUGUGACAGAGCUUUAAACACAUAAAGCAGCUUGCAUCAGAAGCAUGGAGCAGCUAGGGGCUCCAUUUCAUAGAAUCAUCGAGAUUUCUCAGUUGUAAGACAUGAUGUCAUCCUGCAUGCCUCUGGGGAUCCUCUGAUGGGAUUGCCAAAGAACAAAUGGAGAAAAUAGCUUUACUUCCUUUCGUUUUUCUACUUUUGAAUACCAAAGUACAGUACCACCACCACUCUUGCCACCCCCACACACCUUUUAUCUUGAACUCUUCUACAUUUCAGAGCUCCAUAUGCUGCUGGUGAGUUCAGCUAGGCCUGGAACACCCUUCCCGCCCUUGCUAUGUGGCUGGCCUGAUCUGGGAGAGAGCCCCUCACAAUGCCUGGGCUCUGGGCCAAGAGGCCUUGGGUGGAUAAAGUCAGUAGUAUGGGGAUGGAGUGAGCUCACUCAGGGGUCCUGGAGGAAGCCCAGCAGCCUCUGUCCUCCCCCAACACAGGGUAAAGCCCAAGCCAGUUCCUGGCAGCUGUGGCUGCAGCUGUGCUGCUAUUCCCUCCAGGAAUGUGUGACAAGCCCAAAUGUUCCAGGGAGGUGUCCCAGGCAGGGGGGUUAGAAUCCCUAAUUUGGCUCUGGGUUUUGCCUCAAACUACAAGGUUCCCCUGAAUAGCAGUUUUACAAGGUCCAUCGGGGAGGGGCACUUAGCUGUCCCAGCUGAGUGUCCUUGAAACCAUGGUAUCUGAAUCUGCCAAGGUAGCAGGGGCCCAGGCACUGGCCUAAAGUCUGGGACAGCCAGUCUUUGAAACAGCUUCUGAAGGUCUCUGUUGCAAUAUGAACAAUCUCAUGCUGUGCCCCUCAUUUCAUCUAGGGCAUAUUAAUAAUAAAAUCUUUGUUUUGUA